UCCUACACAUGCACAUCACUCACAUGCACUGCACACCUUCCCCACUCAUUUUCCAAACCUCCUCACAUUUGAGCACUGGCUGGAUCUUCAUCAGCAGCAAUUGCUCUUCAUCUGUGAGGGACAGUUGUUAUUAAUCAGGGGUUUGGAGUGGAAACCAAUCAGAUACAGGGUACCUCUGGCUUCGGUUUCCUAGUUGCCUAAGUUAAAAGUGAUGCAGAGAGAGAGGGAGAGAGAGGGAGAGAGAGAAAGAACAGGAGCAGAAGCUCUGAAUACAAGCAGAGCCAGCACGGGAGCUAGCAGUAACAGGCAGAGAGGAGAGAAGGCAGCACUCGAUCAGCAGUGGACAGCAGAGCACUGAGAACAAAUAGCCACCUCCACCAGGGAAAAUAAAGAUCGUGUGCAAGAGGAAUACAGUAUUAUUUUUGAGAAUUCUUCUGACUGAAACAAGAAACAUACCAAGGCUACCCAACAUUUUGCAGAAGGUACUAAUGAUGAGAACUUGCUACUGCGUAUCAUUUCUGAUCUGGACUUGUGUGUUUCACGAGACACCUGCUUCACCAUCCCCAAAAAGGACUACCAUGUAUUUGCAAACUGAGCGGAUAAUGGGUCUCCCGAAGGAUCAUGGAAAAGCACUGCAUCGUUCCAAGCGGGGAUGGAUGUGGAAUCAAUUUUUUUUACUGGAGGAAUACACUGGGCCAGAUACUCAGUAUGUAGGCAAGCUACACACUGACCAAGAUCAAGGAGAAGGAAAUUUAAAAUACAUAUUAACAGGAGAUGGGGCUGGCAGCCUAUUUGUUAUAGAUGAAAAUACAGGUGAUAUCCAUGCAGCAAAAAGGCUGGACAGAGAAGAAAAAUCCCUGUAUGUGCUCCGUGCCAAGGCUAUAGACCGAAAGACUGGUAGACAAGUGGAGCCAGAAUCAGAAUUCAUCAUUAAAAUCCAUGAUAUCAAUGACAAUGAACCUAAAUUUACCAAGGACAUAUACACUGCCAGUGUUCCUGAAAAGUCUGUAGUUGGCACCUCUGUUAUUCAAGUGACAGCUACAGAUGCCGAUGAUUCCAACUAUGGCAACAGUGCUAAAGUUGUGUAUAGCAUCCUCCAAGGACAGCCAUACUUCUCAGUGGAUCCAGAAACAGGCAUCAUCAAGACUGCUUUGCCAGAUAUGAGCAGAGAAAACAGAGAACAAUACCAGGUGGUCAUCCAGGCCAAAGAUAUGGGAGGCCAGAUGGGCGGAUUAUCAGGAACCACCACAGUGAAUAUCACACUAACCGACGUCAAUGACAAUCCACCUCGAUUCCCCCAGAGCACAUAUCAGUUCAACUCGCUGGAGUCUGCACCACUUGGGACUUCACUUGGAAGAAUAAAAGCCAAUGACCCUGAUGUGGGUGAAAAUGCUGAGAUUGAAUACAGUAUUGCUGCCGGCGAUGGAUCGGACGUGUUUGAUAUCAUCACUGACAAGGGCACACAGGAAGGGAUUAUAACUGUCAAAAAGCAAUUAGAUUUUGAAAAGAAGAAUCUGUAUAUCCUAAAAGUGGAAGCAACCAACACUCAUCCCGAUCCACGAUUUUUCUACAUGGGACCAUUUAAGGACUCGGCUCUGGUUAAAGUUUAUGUGGAAGACAUAGAUGAACCACCAGUUUUUAGCAUACCUUCAAACUUAAUAGAAGUAGAUGAAGAUGCCAGGGAAGGAAGUAUCAUUGGGCAAGUGAUAGCUCAGGAUCCAGAUGCUGCAAGGAACAUAAUAAAAUAUUCUUUGGAUCGUCACACUGAUUUUGACAGAAUAUUCAACAUCCACUCAGGAAACGGGUCCAUAUUUGUCUCAAAGACACUUGACCGAGAAGCAGCUCCAUGGCACAACCUCACUGUCAUAGCAACGGAAAUCAGCAAUCCAAAACAAAGUACUCAGGCACCUAUCUUCAUCCGGAUUUUAGAUAUAAAUGAUCAUGCACCAGAAUUUGCCAAGUACUAUGAAACUUUUGUUUGUGAAAAUGCCAAAGCAGGACAGCUUAUACAAACCAUUAGCGCAGUGGACAAAGAUGAGCCACCUCGGGGGCACAAAUUCUUUUUUGAGCUGGUGCCAGAAUACACAGUCCAUCCAAACUUCUCUGUUGUGGACAACAAAGAUAACACAGCUGGCAUCAUAACAAGAAGGAAUGGAUAUAGCCGCAGCAAAAUGAGCACCUAUCUCCUGCCAGUGAUAAUAUUUGAUAAUGACUACCCCAUCCAAAGUAGCACUGGGACACUAACUAUCAGAGUGUGCGCUUGUGAUAGCCGAGGGAACAUGCAGUCCUGUAAUGCUGAAGCUUUGCUUCUUCCUGCAGGCCUAAGCACAGGAGCACUCAUUGCUAUCCUUCUCUGCAUCAUUAUUUUGCUAGUUUUAGUUGUUCUGUUUGCAGCCAUGAAACGACAGAGGAAAAAAGAGCCCUUGAUCAUUUCCAAGGAUGAUGUCCGAGACAAUAUUGUUACCUAUAAUGAUGAAGGAGGGGGGGAAGAAGAUACACAAGCUUUUGACAUUGGCACACUAAGAAAUCCAGAAGCCAGAGAAGAAAGUAAAAUGAGAAGAGAUGUAAUGCCAGAAACUAUUUUCCAGAUAAGGAGAACAGCACCUCUCUGGGAAAAUAUUGAUGUCCAAGAUUUCAUUCAUCGAAGGCUAAAGGAAAAUGAUUUGGAUCCAACUGCACCUCCUUAUGAUUCUUUAGCAACCUACGCAUAUGAAGGGAAUGAUUCCAUAGCAAAUUCACUUAGUUCUUUGGAAUCACUUACUACAGAUGGCAGCACUCAAGAUUAUGAUUACCUCAGUGACUGGGGGCCUCGAUUUAAAAAAUUAGCAGAUAUGUAUGGUGGAGAUGAGAGUGACUAAUACCACAGUCUAGUAAUUCCACUGCAGAUAAAGUGUUCUCUUCUAUGAACAAUACCUGCCACCUUCUACUGAAAGAUGUGCCGAUACCACCAAUACAUUUGUGGAUCAUUCCUGUAAACUUUAGAGAGAAUGAAAGGGCAGUUCUGCCUAAAAGGAGCUCCAUGUUUACGACGGGGAGAGUGGAAAACUGGAUUGUGGCCCGAAAAUAUCAUUUUGUGACUUGGGCAUUGUUGAUGGGAUUAAUGCCUCUGUAACUAGCUGAAAGUGGCCUACAUUCUCUUACUUGGAAAAAUACAAAAAAUAUAUAGGUGUUUGUCUUAGUAAGGGUUGCUGAAUAUAUCAACAUGAAUGAAAAUGAUAAAGACCUUUUUUAAAAAAGAGAAAAAAAAACUAUGAUUCACCCUCUGCCUAAGAUGUUGGAAAGACGAUAUUCAACACUUAUGAGAAAGACACCUAAAAAGGCUUUUUGUGCCUUUUGUGAUGAGUUGAAAAAGUUUACCUUUUUCUAAAGGAAUACUUUGCUUCACUUUUACUACUACCCAUUUGGAACAAUCUUAUAAUGUACCCAUCUUAUAAUGUAAUCUGAAUACACUUUACAAACAAGAAUGAGUAUUACUGCCAUAUUUAUUGAGUAAAACAAUAUCUGUGUGUUGAUUCAUGAUAUUUUUAUAUCUGUAUAUUUAUAUUUUUGUAUUUUUUCAUAAAUAAAUUAGUAUUUCUUAAUAGA